AUGAAGAAUGAACAAACCGCUGCUCUGUACCUUUUCGUUGUACAAUCAAGCUUCGCGGCACUCGGUAACUGCUGCCUCGGAACCUCACCCCAUCCUAGCUUUCCGCCAGGAGCCGUCUACAGUAGCUUAAUCAUCCAGUGCGACCUCUGCCAAAUCUCUCCUGAACUCAAUAUUCAGAAAUUUACUCUGUUCUGUAUUGGCACCAUGUCAUUACCGGUGCGACCCUCCCCUGGUGCCCAGCUCUCUUCUCCAAAGCAAAAUCUGUCCACGAGAUCUAAAUUGCCGCGAGAGCGAACCACCAAAUCUUCCUCCACAAAAACGCCAAAGAAGAACCAGAUGUCGCAAUCCGCAGAAAGCUCGUCGCCGCUAUUUACACCGCCUUCAUCCUUUCUUGAGCAGGCCUCAAAGUCCUCUGUUGCUGCGAGUACCGCUCAGCCAGAGUUUGAAUCGCCCGCCGAACCAACUCAUGCGUCAUCUGUUGAGACACUGCAAGCGCUGGCGCCUGACUCCGUCUCAACGGCUGCUCCAAAGUCGAAUGUGGAUGCCAAACGUGGACAGAACGCAUGCAACAAGCGGCUCCGCGACGAUGAUUCCGACUCUGAGGAUGCAUUCGGAACACCACCCCCUAAGCGUCCUAGCAAAGAAGCAACCGCAGCAGCAAACGGUAAAAGGGCUAUAAAGAAAGCUUCUCCUUCUCAAACGCCUGCUCCCAAGAAGCCCAUGGCAAAGAAGACUGCAACAAAAAAGGCUAUCUCUGCUCCACCCGCCCCCAGUUCGCGUCCUUCGCGCACUCGCAAGGCGCCCGAACGACUAGAGGAUGUCCAAGAGAAAGCCAAGCUCAAGUCUCUUCCAAACAAAAAGGGUCUUAGCAAGGUCUUUGAUCCUGUUUAUGUCACCACAAACUCCGCGAGCCGCUUGGUCAAAGCUGACGUCUACCACAUGCUCCUCGAAGGCUCAGCAUGGACCAGUCUCAGCGCUGAGCAACAGAGCACUCUCAUCUCAAUGCUUCCUCAGGACUGUGCGAACCGAGCCCUGCUUGUCAAGAUCAAGGCGGGCGAAACCGAGGGCACUCGUCCAGCAGCGUUCACACUGGCAAACAACUGCUUCCGCACCGAUGUCGCAAAGUUCAGAGAAGACUUGAAGAAUGGCCACUUGGCGAAGACGUGGCAGGCCGCGGCUGAGCAAGCAGUCAUUGAGCGCGCUGCGGGCGAAUACGAUGCGUGGAAGGCCGAAGAGGCGGAGACUUGGUGGGGUCAAAAGAGCCAGUGA